UUGGUUUAUGGGAAGAGCCUGGACGUUCUUACCUGGUGUAUUCUCAUUCGCAUUCUUAGAAACCAUGCAAUGUGUGAUAUGUAGAGAAAGAAGGUUAGCCUAGAGAGGGCUUAACUCACCUCGACUCUUAAACCCUAGAGAAUUAAAAUUCUCAUUGCUUCCUUGCAAUCAGCACCCAGCACCAGAAGUGUGCGAAGCGAUCGGUGCAAGAUAACUGCGUGACCUUUUUCUGAGUUGCCGUGGCAUUGCCCUCACCACCGACGGAAGCGAACAAGCAAUCAGUCGCCGGGCCAAGCUCAGUUACGAUUUCUAAUUUAUUGAGCCCAGUAAGGCGUGCGCCAUAAAACUAAGCAGCAGCUGGUGUACCAGUUUACUGCGUCGUCUUCUCCAACUCCGUUGCCAAUGGGUGUCGGGUCCAAUCGCUUUCGCUUCCUCUCUGCCAUAUUUUCCGAGACAAAACGACGCCUGUUCGUCCAAAAGCCUAACCCUCCUAGCCUUAAUCCCCUCUCAUUCCUCGCAUCGUCCCGCACCCUUUGCUCAGUCCCCUCCUUAGAAGACCAAAACCCUUCCCCUAUAAACCCGAAUCCAGACCAAAACCCUAACCCUAGCCGUCGGACCCGCACCCCAUUGGAGAAGCAAUUCGAGAGCUGGGUGGAGCGCCUUCGCCCGGGCUUCACCGCUGACGACGUGGAGGCCGCCCUCCGCGCCCAGUCGGAUCCCGACCUCGCCCUCGACCUCUUCCGGUGGACCGCCCUCCAGCGCGGCUACCGCCACACCCCAUCCGUCUACCUCGCCAUGCUCCACAUCGUCGUCUCCGGCCGCCGCUUCUCCCAGGCCGAGGCCCUCGUCGACGAGAUCCUCGCCGGCGCCUGCCCCCCGGACCUCGCCCUCUUCAACACCGCCAUCCACUUCUGCUGCUCCCGCCGCCACCUCUUCUCCCGCGCCUUCGACGUCGUCAAGAAGAUGCAGCAGCGCCACCGCGAUGCCUCCGCCGCCGCCUGCCGCCCCAACCUCCAGACCUACUCGAUGCUCCUCAGCGCCGUCCUCCGGCGGUUCAAUAAGCCCCCGGUCUCCUACGUCUACCUCCACGCCGUCCGGUCGCUGGUCCGGCAGAUGAAGGCCUCGGGGGUCAUCCCCGACACCUUCGCGGUGAACCUGAUCAUCAAGGCCUACUCCAGGUGCUUAGAGAUGGACGAGGCCAUCCGGGUCUUCAAGGAGAUGGGCCUCUACGGUUGCGAGCCCAACGAGUUCACCUAUGGCUACAUUACCAAAGGGUUGUGCGAGAAAGGGAGGAUCAAUCAAGGAAUGGGGUUCUUCAAAGAGAUGAGGGAGAAGGGAUUGGUGCCGAGCAGCAGCGUCUACAUGGCACUGAUCAGCAGUCUGGCACUGGAGAUGAGGUUCGAGGAGGCGAUCGAGGUGUUGUUCGAUAUGCUGGCCAAUUCGAUGGCGCCCGAUAUCUUGACGUACAGGACUCUCCUCGAGGGCUUGUGCAGGGAACGGAGGACGGAGGAGGCGUUCGAGCUGCUCGAGGAAUUGGGGAGGAGGAGGGGGGCGAUGGACCGGAGAAUGUACUCCGACUUGCUGGAUGGGUUGCAUUGGCUCUGCCAGCCUCAUGAUUAGUUGGAAAUGCCAACAUGGUGUUGCAUUCCUCUCUCAUUCGCUCUCUCUUCUUAAAAAGAUUGAUAGUGGCUCUUUCUACUCUGACUCUUGAUAGACGAGAGUUUGGAGGAACAAUUGGAACUGUCAAAUGGGGUUGUACCCCGUUGAAAAGGUACCGCCUAGGUGCUAGACCCGUCAUUCUUGGUUGAAUAAUAUCUGGAAAACCGGAUAUAAAGUUUUUUAGGAGGGUCUGGUGAUGAAACUCGAAGUCGGUGAUAAAUGGUGACUACACUGGUUAAUAGUUUGAUAGGAAUUUGGACGGCCUGGCAGAUUUGGUAAGCCGACUGCUACUAGGAACUGUAUUGGUCAUGUCCGCUUCUACAAAACCUGGAUAAUUCGGACAUCUGCUUGGCCUGCACCAUACAGCGCCUCUUUCAAGGUUUCCGUAGGGAUGCAUUGGCCAAAUAUAAGCAGGGAAUCAGAAUUAUUUCAAGUGAUAUUUGACUCUUUGAGAAGAUCAGAUUUCCCCCGAUUUGGCCUCUGUUACUUUUUGUCUUCUUCAUCUCGUAUUCUGCCGGAACUCCAUCUGCGACAAACUGCUGUCGACUGUUUCCGUUUUUCCUGCUGUAAUUUUCAUUUUAAAAUAUCAGAUAGUUUCCAUAAAUUAUCUGACGAAUUUUGUACAACUAUGGUCUGUGUUGAGGAUGGAGGAAUUUA